AGCCACAGGGGGCGCCAUUCAGCUUCAUUUCGAGGGAAUGGAGCGCCGCUUUCUUUCUGCGCUUGCGCGGCAAGGACGCCUCACUAUCUGCCCUGCGCGUGCACUAUUUGACCACUUCCGGUACCAGGCAGACGGCCACCAUGAAGUUCAACCCCUUCGUGACCUCGGACCGUAGCAAAAACCGCAAACGCCACUUCAAUGCCCCCUCCCACGUGCGUCGGAAGAUCAUGUCUUCCCCCCUCUCCAAAGAACUGCGGCAGAAGUACAACGUCCGCUCCAUGCCCAUCCGCAAGGACGACGAGGUCCAGGUGGUCCGAGGACACUACAAAGGUCAGCAAAUCGGCAAGGUAGUACAGGUGUACAGAAAGAAAUACGUCAUCUACAUCGAGCGGGUGCAGCGUGAGAAGGCUAACGGCACAACUGUCCACGUGGGCAUUCACCCAAGCAAGGUGGUUAUCACCAGGCUAAAACUGGACAAAGAUCGGAAAAAAAUUCUUGAACGCAAAGCCAAAUCUCGACAAGUUGGAAAAGAGAAAGGCAAAUAUAAAGAAGAACUUAUUGAGAAAAUGCAGGAGUAAAUAUAUCCUGUGUGCAUCCACAGGUUUAGUUUGGUGUGUAUGCCUUUGAAACUUUUCAAGAUGUCUCUGGAGUAUUUUGUUUCCAUCCUGUUUUGUUAUUGAUAUGUGGCUCUGUAAAUCUAUUGUUACUGUUUUGAUUAAUUUUAUGAAUAAAAAUUGGAGAUGUUUCUUAAUUCCCAGUGGACUUUGCAUUGUUUUAUAGAUAAAAUUCAUCUUCUUAUCA